AUGGCGGAAGAUUUCCAAGAGAAAAUUGAUCCUAAUUCUGAUCAUUCAGAGUACUACGCUAUCCUUAACGUUCGACGUGAUGCUUCCCCUGAAGAAUUACGAACUGCUUACCGUCGCAUGUGCGUAGUUUACCAUCCUGACAAACACGCUGAUCCUACCAAGAAACAGAUCGCUGAAGAACUCUUUGCCAAGUUACAUAACGCUUAUAGAGUUCUAAGUGAUCCUAACAAGCGUCAGAUUUACGAUAUUUACGGUGAAGCGGGACUAGAAGCCGGAUGGGAGGUUGUCUCACGAAAACGAACACCUGCGGAGAUAUACGCAGAUUUCGAACGCCUUAAAGAAACCAGAGAUAAGCAGAAAUUAGAAGAGAGGACUAACCCCAAAGGAACAUUUUCCAUUGGUAUUGACGCAACAGAUCUAUUUAAUCGUUAUGAUGACGGUUAUGAUGGAAUCGAAAGGGAAAUGCCAAAUAUCGAAGUCCGAGAAAUGGAAAUAUCUCAGGCAAUCGAUUUUCCAGUUACGGUUAACAACACCGUUACACUAUCCGGAGCGUUGGCAUCUCGAAACGGUAUUGGAGGAGGCAAUGCAUUGCUAACUUUCAGAAAUCGUAUUGCUACAGGAUGGCAUGAGGUUGAAGUAGGAGCCGGAAAUGGUAUUUUAUUCAAUGUUGGCGGUUGCAGAUAUAUUGGUAAACACAGUCACUCAGUAGUCAAAUUGAACUCACAAAUCACUAAUGGUUACCUUCGCCCAGGGUUAACUGCAAUGUUCGUACAACAACUAGACAGUCAUACUAUUGGCUACCUAACAUGGAGAGCGGGAAUUCAAUCAUCUAUAAAUACAACUGUCGUGCACGAUGAUGGCACCAAUCAAGUCGUUGUUGGUUUGCAGGUUGGUUUUGCUGACACAUUCCUUAUGGCUAGAUAUGUGAGGCGCUUUCAGAGUGAAUCGAGACUUUUUGCUGAAGCUAGAUAUGGAUUAUUAUCUAUGGCUCUAAUAUAUGGAGCUGAAACCAAAGUAACGAAACACAGUUUACUUUCUGCAGCUGUUUCAGUUUCCGUCCCGCGCGGUAUUACGUUGAAACUUAAAGUUACGCGUGGAACACAAACAUACAAGUUGCCCAUAUAUCUCUCUGAAGAAGUCGAUCGAACUAUUGUCUUUUACGCAACAGUUGUUCCAUUGUUAACUUAUUGGACAGUCCAGUCCUUAAUCAUAAAACCAUUUAUAGCGAGAAUGAAGCGAGAAGAAGACAAAUACAAUGCUGAAACUAGAGCAGAAACGAGACGGAAAGCGAAACGUGAAGCUGAAUCGGCUAUAAAACUUAUGGAAGAAAGCUAUAAUAGAUCAGUAGACAGUGAAAGAUCUAAAGGUGGCUUAAUAAUUGUAAGAGCUUGGUUUGGGAAGCUUUUAUCUAGCUCUCGAGAAGACAUAAAUAAAAUUAUUGAUGUAACGAUUCCGCUGCAAUGUCAAGUGAAAGAUUCUCGCUUAAUAAUCCCAGAAGGAGAAAAGAACGAGAUAUUAGGCUUUUACGACCCAUGCCCUGGUGAAGAGAAGAUGUUGCGAAUCGAAUAUGAAUUUCGUCUAAUAUCUCAUGAAGUUACUAUCAAUGAAAAAGAAGCUUUACGCGUCCCAAAGCAAUGUAAAUACAGUUUAUUGUCAGUACGGUGA